CAACUUUCAACAGUUCCUGUUGUAAACCCAAUAACGUUACUAGUUUGAUGUUUCUAUUAUUGUAAUCUAAGCAAUUAUGGUUAGGCGAACUAGACCAAGUCAACUAACUAACGCAUUCCGACUAUGGCUGCUUCCAAAUGCAUCUUGUCUCCACGAGUUUGGAAAACUCCACUUUCCAGGUGUAUUCAACGAGCCGCAAGUGUUCUGAACACAGCGAAGGGGACUUUGUCAAGACCAGGAGCCCAACACUGUCCCCCCAUGGAGGAGAGCGGAGGAGCAGGAGGAGAGGUGGAGGAGAACCAGGUGUUGAUGGAGGAGAGGGGUGUCUCUCCUGGAGAUUCCCCAGGGACGGAGGAGGGUUCCCCAGCCGUGGUCCGGCCCCGUGACCCCCCUACCUCCACCCUGCAGGACUCAGGGCCUCGGAAGAGCAGCUCCUCCCGGUCCUCGAGGAAGAGCUUCCGUCUGGACUACCGGUUGGAGGAGGAGGUGACGGGGUCGAGCCGGGACAAACAUGGCCGCUUUACUAACCCCUGGCCCACGUGGAAGUUCCCGUCCUGGUCCACCCUGCUGCGCUUCUUCCUGCUGGAGAAGAAUCACAGUAAUGUACCCAGCUCUAAAGAGGUCUUAGACAAAGAGCUCCCAGUAGUGGAGCCUUGGUUCCUCCGUGUCCCUGAGGCAGCAGACGGAGCCGUGGGGUCUGGUCUCAGGGUGACCUGGCUGGGCCACGCAUCAGUCCUGGUAGAGAUGGACGGCCUGGUCAUCCUCACUGACCCCAUCUUCAGCCAGAGGGCAUCUCCCUUCCAGUUCAUGGGCCCCAAGAGGUACCGGGGUCCCCCUUGUACGGUUGAUCAACUCCCCCGGAUCGACGCAGUCGUCAUCAGCCACUCCCACUACGACCAUCUGGACGCGGGCACCGUGACCCAGUUGAACGAGCGGUUCGGUGCGGAUCUCCGAUGGUUUGUGCCGUUGGGACUCAUGGACUGGAUGCAGAAGAGCGGGUGUGAGAAUGUGAUCGAGUUAGACUGGUGGGAGGAGAACUGUGUGCCAGGUCACGAUGAAGUCACGUUUGUGUGUACGCCGGCGCAGCACUGGUGCAAGCGCACCCCCACGGACGAUAACCAGGUGCUGUGGGGUAGCUGGUCUGUCCUGGGGCCCUGCAACCGCUUCUUCUUUGCUGGAGACACCGGCUACUGCUCCUCCUUCCAGGAGAUAGGGAGGCGAUUUGGUCCGUUCGACCUGGCUGCCAUACCCAUCGGAGCGUACCUGCCCAGAGAUGUAAUGCGUGGACAGCAUGUGGACCCGGAGGAGGCUGUGGAGAUCCAUAAAGACAUCCAGGCCAGACACUCCCUGGCUAUUCACUGGGGAACCUUCGCUUUAGCUUACGAGUAUUACUUAGAGCCUCCAGUGAGACUCAGGGAGGCCAUGGAGAAGAAUGGGUUGAAUGCGGAGCACUUCUUUGUCCUGAACCAUGGAGAAUCCAGAGUGCUGAACGCAGACCAGGACGUCUUUGAAUGAUUGGAUCAAAAUGGUGCCUAAGCCCCUCCCACAAUCUGGAGAAGACUAAACAGCACUGUGGCUUAAAGCAUAGAGCUGAAUCGAUGGAUAAGCUCGUGAUGGUGUACUAGAGAGUUUAGAAGGAUGUCGACUAUCAAAUGAACACCCUGUCCAUUUAUCCAAUGAUUGUUUUUCUAUGCCAAAUGUCUGACGCCAGAACUGUCAAGAUGAAACAUUUCUGAAAAUGUUUUGCUGAUGAUGUGUUAUCGUAUAGCUGUAGUGUUUUCAGUUGUGUCAAAGUGAUGAAUGUGUGUAUUUUACACACUGGACACACUACACGUCAUUCUGCUCCGACUUGCACAUUGUUUCUGUGCACACAACUACAAUUUGUAUGGGCUUCAUAGUCGAGCACAUUCACCAAUUACAUUCUGUCGAGUUAUGUAACCAAAUCUUCUGGCGUCAUCGAUAUGCUGAACAGUUCAUGUGUACUAUACGCUGUGUGAUACACUGUAUGUACUUUGACGUUGCAAUAAUGUUUUAGUAGGUCUGGAAACACGCUGUUGUAUGUGGGGUUUUUCACCUUCCUCCGGUGUUACAGCUGUCAUUAAAACUGCUCUCUGAUGGGCACAGACUUGUCUUGUGAGAGGGGGGACACUGUUAGGUCAUUAGGUAGGGCCAGAGUCAUUCCUCUACUUCAAUACUUAGGUAGGGCCAGAGUCAUUCCUCUACUUCAACACUUAGGUAGGGACAGGGUCAUUCCUCAACUUCAAUACUUAGGUAGGGCCAGAGUCAUUCCUCAACUUCAACACUUAGGUAGGGACAGAGUCAUUCCUCAACUUCAAUACUUAGGUAGGGCCAGAGUCAUUCCUCAACUUCAAUACUUAGGUAGGGCCAGAGUCAUUCCUCAACUUCAAUACUUAGGUAGGGCCAGAGUCAUUCCUCAACUUCAAUACUUAGGUAGGGCCAGAGUCAUUCCUCAACUUCAAUACUUAGGUAGGGCCAGAGUCAUUCCUCAACUUCAAUACUUAGGUAGGGCCAGAGUCAUUCCUCAACUUCAACACUUAGGUAGGGCCAGAGUCAUUCCUCAACUUCAAUACUUAGGUAGGGCCAGAGUCAUUCCUCAACUUCAACACUUAGGUAGGGCCAGAGUCAUUCCUCAACUUUAAUACUUGGGUAGGGCCAGAGUCAUUCCUCAACUUCAAUACUUAGGUAGGGCCAGAGUCAUUCCUCAACUUUAAUACUUAGGUAGGGCCAGAGUCAUUCCUCAACUUCAACACUUAGGUAGGGCCAGAGUCAUUCCUCGACUUCAAUACUUCGGUAGGCCCAGGGUCAUUCCUCAACUUCAAUACUUAGGUAGGCCCAGGGUCAUUCCUCAACUUCAACACUUAGGUAGGGCCAGGGUCAUUCCUCAACUUCAAUACUUAGGUAGGGCCAGAGUCAUUCCUCAACUUCAACACUUAGGUAGGGCCAGAGUCAUUCCUCAACUUCAAUACUUAGGUAGGGCCAGAGUCAUUCCUCAACUUCAACACUUAGGUAGGCCCAGAGUCAUUCCUCAACUUCAACACUUAGGUAGGCCCAGAGUCAUUCCUCAACUUCAACACUUAGGUAGGCCCAGGGUCAUUCCUCAACUUCAAUACUUGGUUCUGCAAUACUGACCACUUCAGAGUUAUAUGUUUUUAUUUAACGUUAAAGGACUGGAUUCAAUCCAUAUCGCGUAAGAUCUGUGUUGUAGCUUAAUUUAAAGGGGAGUUUACGAUUUGAAGUGACAUAUGCAGCGUUUAACCAUGAAUGCAGUCUCCCGAGAACACGGGAACCGUGCCUUUUAAUUCUCAAUUGCGCCGGAUCUUCCCAGAUGGCUUGACAAACCUUGUCCACCACAAGUAGUGAACUCACAACCUGUCUUUUGUACAACUCUCAACGGCAAACAUACAAAGAGGUGUGUUUUGACGUGUGAAUAGCCUGUGGCUCAAGGAUCUCACCACUGACUCAAGGAUCUCACCACUGACUCAAGGAUCUCACCCCUGGCUCAAGGAUCUCACUUGAGAUGAUAGAUGAAAGACAGAGACCAUGAGUGUGGUUGGGCUGAUAGGUGAAAGACAGAGCCCAUGAGUGUGGUUGGGCUGAUAGGUGAAAGACAGAGCCCAUGAGUGUGGUUGGGCUGAUAGUUGAAAGACAGAGCCCAUGAGUGUGGUUGGGCUGAUAGUUGAAAGACAGAGCCCAUGAGUGUGGUUGGGCUGAUAGUUGAAAGACAGAGCCCAUGAGUGUGGUUGGGCUGAUAGUUGAAAGACAGAGCCCAUGAGUGUGGUUGGGCUGAUAGGUGAAAGACAGAGCCCAUGAGUGUGGUUGGGCUGAUAGGUGAAAGACAGAGCCCAUGAGUGUGGUUGGGCUGAUAGGUGAAAGACAGAGCCCAUGAGUGUGGUUGGGCUGAUAGGUGAAAGACAGAGCCCAUGAGUGUGGCUGGGCUGAUAGUUGAAAGACAGAGCCCAUGAGUGUGGUUGGGCUGAUAGUUGAAAGACAGAGCCCAUGAGUGUGGUUGGGCUGAUAGGUGAAAGACAGAGCCCAUGAGUGUGGUUGGGCUGAUAGAUAAAAGACAGAACUCAUGGGGGUGAAUACUUGGGGUCCCUCCUGUGAACAGCAGUGGUUAGAGAGAAUAUCCUGCCAAAAGUGAAGGUCCUUUAUUUAAAAACAGAUGUUUUUUUCAGUUUUCUUCCAUGAACACAUCAGGAACACAAGGUUGAACCAGCCUCUUCCAGCCAACACAACUGGUCAUGGUCAUCAUGUUGGCGUGGCAACCACUCCUAGUGGCCUUGAUGCAGCAGAGUUCAUGAUCACAACACAUCCUGGUCCAGAGCUGUGACUGGGGUUUGAACCUGUAACCCUGAACAUAUGGUGUGAGAUCUUUACACUAGAGCCACAGACCUCUCCACACUCAGACCUCUCCACACUCAGACCUCUCCACACUCAGACCUCUCCACACUCAGACCUCUUCACACUCAGACCCCUUCACACUCAGACCCCUUCACACUCAGACCCCUUCACACUCGGACCCCUUUUCAUUGUGUUUUUGACAUUGAGAGUUGCAGAAAUCCACACUGAAGUGUAAGAGUUGAGGUUUGAACACACAACAUCUGUGGUGCAAGGCAGGAGUUUAACCCCAGAGCCACACAGUCCACAGUGCCUGCAUGGCCCCAAGCUGGAGCUGUGGAUUAAUACUGUACCUCAAGGAAAAUGUUUUGUGUUCAAGGCUUAUAUAAACAUAUUUUCACGGAUUAUACAAUGUGUGGCCAGUUUUGCAGCCUGUAACUGUUGCACCCAGUGGCCGAGGGCUUUCUGUCUUCCUAACACAACAGUCACUGCAUGUACAUCUGUGUGUUGCCUGGCAGCAGGUCAGUCAUUCCCAGGGCCAUUUCAGACCGUGGCAUCGGCAGAGCAGGAAUAACAGGUGAGCUUAUCUACAUGCUAUGUUGUCAUCCUAUCCUGGAAAUUCCAGAAUGGAGCAGGAACAUUGGAACAGGGACACAGUGUUCUAAAUUCUCCCACUGACAACAGAAAGAUCAUCGUAACCACAGGUGGAAUACCGUUUUUGGGGGAACCGUUAAAAAAAUAGGUGGUUUAAAAUGUUGGCUAUACUUAUGCAAAGUAUUGGAUUUACGCUUCUGCUUUGUGGUGCCUCCCAAACCUCUAGAACAGAUAGAGAAUCCAUAAAGAAGCUGUAGGAAAUGCAAUUUAUUAGCAAUUUUUUAAUAACAUAAUUCCUCAGAUAAAAAUGCAAUGUUACAGGAAUAUACAUCAGAUUAAUUUAAAACUUGCUUUCAAGGACCGUACAGUCUAAUAUAUUUGUCAUGUUUUAUUUACUGGUAGCGUGCGUUAUAAGCAAGACAGACUCUGUCACCAAAGACAGACUGACAUUAACAGAUACAAACUGUACAUCACUUAUAUACAAAUCAACUUUUUAUUUAGUUUUUUUCAGUUAUUUUGAAAAUAGAAGUAGAAAAAGUGAUUGAAUAUUCAGAUUUGUAUUUGUCUUUAAAAAUUGGUUUAAAUGAAAGAAUGAAACGAGAAAUGAACAAUAAAGUAAUAGAAUGUUUUUCUUUAUAGAAAAUAAAAAGUAAGAAUAGAGGGAAUGGGCGGAAAUGUCUGUUGGUGAGACCAUGCAGACUUGUCAUUCAAAGGAGAAAAGGGGGGUUCGGAUUUGGGCAAGUUCACUCAACAACUCCCCAAAAACUAGUCGAACCCCUGACGUGAAGUGAGUGACUGUCUCUGAGCAUGAGAAAAUGUCGAACCCCUCACAUGAAGUGAGUGACUGUCUCUGAGCAUGAGGAAAUUGAUACAAAACAAAAUGGCUGCCUCCAAAGCUACCACAAUGCACAAUACACAUUCUAGUUCAUUUUAAUGACCAUAAAUAGUGCUGUUCUUCUUAAAAUACUACAUUUAACAGUAGUGCCACUACUAAUAUCACAAACAAAUUACUUUUGUUGUUUUUUGUGAAUGGUUAUUUCACAUAUAAACGUAAUCAGGACAGACGACUUUGCCAAAAAAGUGGUCUACCCUUCCACCAGUCAGUCUUCUGAUUCUGUGCACGAUUGACUAAAUCAUGAUUUAGGGUAUUACUGAAGUAUUUAAAGGUAUUACAGACUUGUUUAAACCUGAUGGGUACAACGUUCUACUACUGCCUUACCAAAGUGAGACGCGGCCCAACAAAACAACGUCUUUAACUCAACAUGAACCAACCCCCAACUAUUUAUGCCGUUGAUAGUCACACAAACCCCUCUUCAUCGCCAAUAGUUAACUACUCAUCCUCGGGGUUCUGUUAUCCAUACUAGGUACACAAUCAUCUCUCUGCCACGUGGCUUUAGGAAAGGUCAAAUCAAACCAGAAAAACAACUUAUGUUGGAGAAGACG